CAGUCACCUGACCCGGAACAGCAUUGCAGUAUUCACCAUGGCGUUUGGACGCUCUCAGUGCACUGUUCUGCGCGAGCACUGCUUCCUCGGCCUGGUCCGAUCGAUUCGUGAAUCAGGGUCUGCCUCUCGCAGUCGGUGGGGCGGUCCAUUAGUAAGCCGAACUUUUAGCUCUCCGGCUGCGCUUUCGAAGCUUCGACUGAGUCGUGAGCGAUGUUCGACAUUAUCACCGCACAUACCCAUCACCACAAUGUCGAACAUCGCCCCCACGCUUGCGAGGCAGGCCCUCCGCAUCGCCUCGAGGAGAUGCCCAGCAUCGACCUUCGCCCGCACAUCCCUCCGCACCGCUGCGAGCCGCCGCAACUAUGUCUCCGAGACCAAGUCCAACAACGCCACAGUCAAUAUCGACACCACAGUCCAGGCAGAGAAGAAGGCAUUCCUGCACCAGACCGGCGAGAAGGCAGCAGACGCGACAAUGCCAACAACAGGCAUGUCGGCCGACGCCAUGAUGAGCCCAAGUGCUGGUAUCUUGAAGCAAGCUACAGUCAUGGACCAGGGAUCACGCCCCAUCUACCUGGAUAUGCAAGCGACCACGCCCAUGGACCCGCGCGUUGUUGACGCCCAGCUUCCGUUCAUGACCGGCCUCUACGGCAACCCGCACUCCCGCACACACGCCUACGGAUGGGAGACCGACAGGGCAGUGGAAGACGCUCGCGCGCACAUUGCCAACCUCAUCGGCGCAGACCCCAAGGAGAUCAUCUUCACCAGCGGCGCCACCGAGAGUAACAACAUGAGCAUCAAGGGUGUGGCGCGCUUCUUCAAGCGCUCUGGCAAGAAGAACCACAUCAUCACCGCACAGACCGAGCACAAGUGUGUGCUAGACAGCUGCAGGCAUUUGCAGGAUGAGGGCUUCUCGGUCACCUAUCUCCCAGUGCAGAGCAACGGUCUCAUCGACUUGGCACAGCUGGAGGCUGCGAUGCGCCCUGAGACAAUGCUCGUCAGUAUCAUGACAGUCAACAACGAAAUUGGUGUCGUGCAGCCCAUGGAGGAGAUUGGCAGGCUGUGCAGGUCCAAGAAGAUCUUCUUCCACACAGACGCCGCUCAGGCGGUCGGCAAGAUUCCCAUUGAUGUCAACAAGAUGAACGUUGACUUGUUGUCGAUUUCUGGUCACAAAAUCUACGGGCCGAAGGGUGUCGGUGCUUGCUACGUACGAAGAAGGCCCAGGGUCAGACUCGAUCCCAUCAUCAGUGGAGGUGGCCAAGAGCGCGGUCUGCGAAGUGGUACACUGGCACCGCCUCUUUCAAUUGGCUUCGGUGAAGCCGCCCGUAUCUGCAAGGAGGAGAUGGAGUACGACACCAAGCGCAUCACAGCCCUGUCAAACCGCCUUCUCGAAGGCCUUCUCUCCAUGGAACACACCACACUCAACGGCGACCGCGAACGCCACUACCCCGGCUGCGUAAACGUCUCUUUCGCCUACGUUGAGGGAGAGUCUCUGCUCAUGGCCUUGAAGGAUAUUGCCCUGUCCUCCGGCAGUGCGUGUACAUCGGCCUCUCUGGAGCCCAGUUACGUCCUCCGCGCGCUCGGCAGCAGCGAUGAGAGUGCCCACAGCAGUAUUCGAUUCGGUAUCGGACGAUUCACGACAGACGCUGAGAUUGAUUACGUCCUGAAGGCUGUGAAGGAGCGUGUCACGUUCCUGCGCGAGCUCAGCCCGCUGUGGGAGUUGGUGCAGGAGGGUGUCGAUCUCAACACGAUCGAGUGGAGUCAACACUGAGCGAUAGUUUGAGGAUACCCGGAGGUUUCUUGUACAAUAUAGGGGCGCAUUGGGUUUAUACGAUAGGCUUGAAGCACACGUUCUUUGAGG